CAGUCUAGCCAAUUAAUUCUAGGAAGAGAGGGACAGAUUUUGCGUUUUCAAGUGUAAGUGAGUCAUCUGUGGGUCAAAGCACAGAGUGGCAGGAGGGUGAGUUUUUGCUCACUCACAUGCCAAUUUUCAGAAGCCCUUGAAAGUCCAAACCAGGUAGGUGUUAUAAAUUCGGAGAUGCACCACUCAUUCACUUUGCCUACCAACAAACCCCCUCCACAAAACAAAAUACCCUCAAUGAUGGUCAAAAGAGAUAAGAUCAAAUCUGAUGGUCAGAUACGAGGCUGAUAUAUUUAAGGGGGCACAAACAACAACAAUCAACAAAUUUAACAUGCAGGGGAAAGCAAUUGAACAUUUUUCAGAUCUUGAUGCCAACUUUUACCUUAUAACCGUAUUUUCUAUUAGCAAUUCUAUUCAAACAGGAGUUUGACAUGUCAUUACAUAAUAUCAAAUCUCCCAUUUUAAGACAAAAAUAUAUGACUAGACUUUGUAUGCCCUGAUUAAUCCUUGCCAAAAAAAAAAAAAGAAAAGAAAAAAGCGGUUAUAAUGGAUUUAUAAAAAGAGAUUGGGUCAUGUGCCUCCGUUAGGUUCAUUAUGUCUACCAGUCUCGAAGAGAAGUUUCUAAAAAUGAAACUUUUUUCAUUUUCCAGGAUAUUAUGUUAAUUACAGAAGACUGCCAAAUUUGCCUAAAUUGUUACACUCAUGAAAUAAUCCGUGAAAAAUGUUCACUAAAACCAAUAAGAUGGCUCAUUUGAAAUAAUGCCGUUCUGAUGCACCGCAUAUGUGUGUUUCCUUACGAUAUCGUUCUCAUAACCGCUCCGCUUAGUUGAAACCGCUUUCACGUAAUCGUACUUGCGCGCACGUUUCCGUUCACGCGAAACCCUGCAAACUCGCGUUUGCCAUGGCAACGUGAGAAGACGUUUGUGUCAUUUCUGCAGAAAUGAAGGAGGUAUAUGGAGACCGUCUUUGCAUGGAUGGCAUCAUAGUUGGACGGCACUCCGUCAACAGACUCCCUCCCCCUGCCAUAGAUUUGCUCUGUAAUUCAUAUGGGUAGACUGCCUCUACUCAUAAGCGUCUGACCCUACCUCCCGUCAAACUAAGUCGCUCUUUCGUCUCCCACUUAGCUGUGACAGCCAGCCUCCAAUGUGCUCAGUCAGUGGCUAUCGAGAGCGGUCGUUAUUGCACCUGCUUCGGUAGUGGUCGUUGGGUAGCAUCCAUCCGGUACGCGCGAGAAGACCCUGUGAGAGACUAAACUUUAAAGAUCCGAAGAGAUCAUUUAACGUCAUGGACGUAAGGCUGCAUCUGAAGCAAAUUGCUUUUCUGUGUUUCAUCAGCCUGCUUCUGACGCCUUGUGGAUUAGCCUGUGGUCCCGGUAGAGGUUAUGGAAAACGAAGACACCCAAAGAAAUUAACCCCGUUGGCUUACAAGCAAUUCAUUCCCAACGUUGCCGAGAAAACGCUCGGGGCCAGCGGCAAAUACGAAGGCAAAAUCACAAGGAAUUCAGAGAGAUUUAAAGAGCUGAUUCCGAAUUAUAAUCCCGAUAUCAUCUUUAAAGACGAGGAAAACACAAACGCUGACAGACUGAUGACCAAGCGGUGUAAGGACAAGUUAAAUUCGUUGGCGAUAUCCGUCAUGAACCAGUGGCCAGGUGUGAAACUGCGCGUCACUGAAGGCUGGGAUGAAGACGGUCACCAUUUCGAAGAGUCUUUACACUACGAGGGACGGGCGGUGGACAUAACUACCUCAGACAGGGAUAAAAGCAAGUAUGGGAUGCUAUCUAGGCUUGCAGUGGAGGCAGGAUUCGACUGGGUCUAUUACGAAUCCAAAGCCCAUAUACACUGCUCCGUCAAAGCAGAAAAUUCAGUCGCUGCUAAAUCGGGGGGAUGCUUUCCUGGAUCCAGCACGGUCACGCUCGCAGACGGGAGGAGGAAACGCGUCAAAGACCUUAAAGCGGGCGACCGGGUUUUAGCAGCGGACGAGGAGGGAAACGUCUUAUUAAGCGACUUCAUCAUGUUCGUGGACCACGACCCGACGACGAGAAGGCGAUUCGUCGUCAUCGAGACGUCGGAGCCUUUCGCAAAGCUCACCCUCACAGCCGCGCACCUCGUCUUUGUCGGAAACGCCUCGGCGAGUUCUGGGACGACAGCGACGUACGCCAGCAACGUGAAACCCGGAGACACGGUUUUAGUGUCGGGAGGUACAGGCAAGAGCCUCGAGAGCGUCGCAGUGAAGAGGAUUUACACCGAAGAGCACGUGGGCUCUUACGCGCCAGUCACCGCUCACGGAACCAUUAUAGUGGAUCGGGUGCUGGCUUCGUGUUACGCGGUCAUUGAGAGCCACAAAUGGGCGCACCGGGCUUUCGCGCCGGUCAGGUUAAGUCACGAGCUGAUGACGUGGCUUUUCCCGGCUCGUGAUUCAAACGUCACUUUUCAGGAGGACGGCAUCCACUGGUACUCAAACGUGCUGUUUCACAUCGGCUCUUGGCUGCUGGACAGAGACUCUUUCCAUCCGCUCGGGAUUUCGCAUUUAAGUUGAGACCGCAGCUGCAGUAUCAGACUCAAACGUAUCUUUAUUUUCUGUAAGAAAAGCCUUAAAGUGUUCAUUGAGUAAUUUAUUUGUAUUGGAUCAUCUGUCUCUGGAAACGUACCACACACCGAUUCAAGCAUGAUGUGACCGUUCUUGCGCUUUUUUUUUUUUCGUUUGUUUGUUUGAGAUUAUAGGAAACAAGACAAAGCAUUGAAUUCACAGGGCUGUACAGCGUGCAACCGACCGAUCUAUUUUAUUGGAUAAGCAUAGGAUGGAGCUCAAAAAUUAUAUUUUUGAUACACAGAUUUGUAUAUUAGAUUUUUUGACGGAUCUAAAAGUAUUUCCAGAAUCAUAUUUCGUUAUUUGAAAUAGUGCAAAGUUGAAUUUAUUUAAACAGUUGCGAUGUAUCAACGAACUGUUCGUGUCAUUAUGUCGAGUAUGUCGAGUGUCAUUGUUCUGACCACUGUUUCAACGUUUGUGUAUUCACUACACUAACACCUUUUCUUUAAAUGUACAUUUCUUGACAAAAGUACUCAAAAUAAAUUCAUGGUACGCAUU